AUGUCAGAUGGCAGGCAAUCAUACUGGUGUUACCAAUGCCGACAGAGGGUGAGGCCUCGUGGCCGGGAGAUGGUGUGUCCCUACUGUGAUUCUGGGUUUGUGGCUGAAAUGGAUGAUGUAGAUGCUCUCAUGAGCCACUUCGUUGGGAUGGAUCCUGAUUUCCAUCGUGACCCAAGGUUCGGGAUCAUGGAGGCGAUCUCCGCCGUGAUGCGGCAUGGUAUGGCAGGGAUGAACAGGGAGGUUGAUGUCAGAGGAAGGCCAAACAUCUUUUCAGACCUGGAGAUGGAGUUUGGUUCAGGGCCAUGGCUGCUCUUCCGUGGUCAGCUCCCUGGUCAUCUCACGGAGGACAAUGGAUUCGAUGUUUUCAUCAAUGGACGACGCGGUGUUGGCAUGAGGAGGGCCAACAUUGCAGACUACUUUGUUGGACCUGGAUUAGAUGAUCUUAUCGAGCAAUUGACUCAGAACGAUCGUCGAGGACCACCACCUGCUGCGCAGUCCUCGAUCGAUGCUAUGCCCACAGUUAAGAUCACUCAGAGGCAUCUCAGUGGGGACUCGCACUGCCCUGUCUGCAAGGAGAAGUUCGAGUUGGGAUCGGAAGCAAGAGAGAUGCCAUGCAAGCAUUUAUACCACUCCGAUUGCAUAGUUCCUUGGUUAGAGCAGCAUAAUUCCUGCCCUGUUUGCCGUUAUGAGCUCCCAACACAGGGUUCUACUACGGGACCAAGCUGCUCACGCACAAGAUCAACCAACCAAAGCCAGAGCUCAAGUAGUUCAAGCAGCAGUGGGAGGACCAAUGGCCGUCAAAGGAGAAGGAACCCGUUCUCGUUCCUGUGGCCUUUCCGCUCAUCAAGUUCUCGCUAG